AUGUUCCCAACCGUCAACGAUGUUCCGGGUGCCGCAAAGGCAACAAUCAACCAGACAAAGAAACCGAUGACGAACAACGAAACCAAGAACGACCCAGAUAAAGAUGGACAGAUCUCUCCGGUCUUUCCACCCCCACAACAUACCACUACCACUACCACUACCACUGCCACUACCACUACCACUACCACUACCACUACCACUGCCAUCACAAACCCACACACCAUGCUCGCCUUCACACUGACCCCGCUCCUCGUCCUGCUCCUCAGCGGCGCCACCACAGCAGCACCCACCAGCGCUCCCUCCGCCCUCCUCCCCAAGAUCUCCACCCCUGAGACCGCCACCAACUCGACGUGGGCGCCCGACGACCCAUGGAGACCCGGUGGCUGCCUCUCGAAGAGCAAGCAGGCCGAGGACAGGUACAACGAAGUGCUGGAGAAAUGCCGCAAGAUGGGCUUCAAGAAAUGGUUCGCCGAUGAAUGCUACAAGGGCAAGCCCAAGGACUGCUGCCCGGCGGACCAGAUGUCCAAGUCGUGUGAGUAUUGGUGGCCGGCCGAGUGGCUGAACCUGAAGGAGUGA